AUGGCCAAGAACACGCGCCAAGCCAAACCACGUCUGCUACUGAUGGGACAACGAAGAAGUGGCAAGUCAUCGAUAACCAGUGUUGUGUUUCACAAGAUGGAACCACAAGAGACACUUUUCCUAGAAUCAACGACCAGAAUACAGAAAGAUAUCAUGAAUUCUUUUAUGGAUUUCCAAGUCUGGGACUUCCCAGGUCAACUCGACUAUUUCGAUUCGACAUUCGACACAACACAGAUCUUUGCCGACAUUGGUGCUUUGAUAUGGGUCAUCGACGCCCAAGACGAGUAUAGCGAUUCACUUGCUCGACUCACCACGACUAUCAUAAACCUUCAGAACACGUUUCCUCAUAUCAAUGUCGAGGUUUUUGUGCACAAGACUGACAGCCUGAACGAGGAUUUUCGGUCAGACAUCUUCCAAGAUGUCGUGCAAAGGGUCGGUGAUGACCUCAACGAUGCUGGAUAUAUCAAUCCCAAUGUGUCGUAUCACCUAACCUCUAUCUAUGACUCGUCAAUCUUCGAGGCUUUGAGCAGCGUCAUUCAGAAACUGAUUCCCGAACUUGACGUUCUGCAAAAUCUACUGGAUACUCUGAUCAACAAUUCAGGCAUGACUAAAGCAUAUCUGUUCGACAUUCUUAGCAAGAUAUAUGUCGCUUCCGAUACUCGGCCAGUCGACUCGGACAUUUAUGAGAUCUGUGCGAACUAUAUCGACCUCACCGUCGAUUUUACUGAUCUCUACAAUUAUCCUCGAGACGACCCAAAAAGUCUGGGAGAGCAGAUGGAGGAAGUCGAGUCUUCUAUGACUUUCGAGGACGGUAAGAUGGUCUACCUAAAGGAAAUGAACAAGCAUCUCUGCUUGGUGACUGUAAUUCAGAACAAAGAGGCCAAGGACAAGAAGGGUUUGAUCGAUUACAAUGUACACAUAUUCCAGGAUGCCUUGAAGGCGGUGUUUGAGCGAGCUUGGGAGAAAACUGGAGGUGAAGUGACUGGCGAAGGACAAUCUUCGGCUAGACCGGAGCAGAACUCUCUCGAGACGUAA